CACACACACACACACACACACACACACACACACACAGGAAUCGAGCUCACGCAGUGCUUCCUCUGCUCUUCAACUUCACUCUUUACGGAGUCUCUGUUUAAUGAUCCGUUUAUCAUGAUUUCUUCACUCGUCAUGAUGCUUUUGGACUUCUAAAAUAUCCUGCACGAGUUCUGCUGAAACAUGACUGAAUAUUCAAACCACAGUCAGUCCGCUGGAGAUUAUGAGUGGCAUUAUGAAUACUAUGAUGACGAGGAGCCCGUGUCCUUCGAGGGACUGAGAGCAAACAGAUACUCUAUCGUGAUUGGUUUCUGGGUCGGACUGGCUGUGUUCGUCAUCUUUAUGUUCUUUGUUUUGACCCUGAUUACUAAAACUGGAGCUCCACAUCCAGAGAUCUCUGACCCGAGUGAAAAGCAUCAUGGUCUAGGUGACUGUGUGCUGGAGGUCGGCGGCUCUCAGGCGUUUUCUCUCCCGCCGCUGCCGGACGAAUCACGUUCCCUCUUUCACUUCUACAUCCAUGAGGAGGAACAAGCCAAAGCCGACAGAGAUGCUGUGAUUGGCAGAGGGAGGUGUUGUGGGCGGGCCUCUGCAGGACUCCGCCUCCAGGGGGCGACAGACGAAGACGAGCACUUCCUGUCCAACUUCAACAUUCCAAACUUUGUGAACUCUGAGCAGAGCUCCAGCAUCGAUGACUUACUGCUGUGUGAGCCGCCAAUCAUCACAGGCAGCCAAUCACCUGUGCCGAAGAGCUUAGAGCCCGCCCACCCUUAUGAUGUCAUCCAAUAUUAACACACAGACCAAUCAGAUAUUUUUGCAGCGUGUUCAGCGGUCAGUUUUUAUUGAGUCGCUGAUUUUAAAGAGACUUUAGUCUGGACAAGCUCUCAUUUGUGUCUGCUGUUUUUAAACUCUUCAGUUACACAGUAGAUCAAGAACACUUACAAUCCUUCACUGCCGUACUCUGAGCAAUAUGAUGACGGUUUACUUCAGCAAAAUUAUGAAGGAGAGUGUAGCUCUGAUAAAAGAAUGAACAAGUGUGUGAGAGUGUGUGUUUCUUGAGUCGUUAUGAAUGUGUGUGUGUGUGUGUGUGUUUGAGUGUGUGUGAGAGAGAAUGUGAGUGAGUGUGUGUGUGUGUGUGAGUGAGAGUGUGUGAGCAAGUGUGUGUGUGUUUGAGUGUGUGUGAGAGUGUGUGUGUGUGUGCGUGUGAGUGUGUGAGUGCGACUGUGUGUUUGUAAGUGUGUGAGUAUGUGUGUGUGUGUUUGAGUGUGUGUGUGUGUGUGUGAGCAAGUGUGUGUGUGUGUUUGAGUGUGUGAGUGCGACUGUGUUUGUAAGUGUGUGUGAGUAUGUGUGUGUGUGCGAGUGUGUGAGUCCGAGUGUGUUUGUAAGUGUGUGUGUGUGUGUGUGUGAGUGAGUGUGUGUAAGAGUGUGUGUGUGUGUGUGCACGCGAGUGAGUGUGUGUAAGAGUGUGAGUGUGUGUGUGCGCGAGUGAGUGUGUGUGAGAGUGUGUGUGUGUGUGUGUGUGUGUGCGUGAGUGUGUGAGUGCAACUGUGUGUUUGUAACUGUGUGAGUAUGUGUGUGUGUGCGAGUGUGUGAGUCCGAGUGUGUUUGUAAGUGUGUGUGUGUGACUGAGUGUGUGUAAGAGUGUGUGUGUGUGUGCGCGAGUGAGUGUAAGAGUGUGUGUGAGUGUGUGUGUGCACGAGUGAGUGUGGGUAAGUGUGUGUGUGUGCGAAACAAACAAACCUGUGUGUGAGAGUGUGUGUGCGUGUGUUUGUAAGUGUGUGUGAGUGUGUGUGUGUAAAAGAAAGUGUGCGAGUGAGUGUGUGAAUGAGUGUGUGUGAGUGUGUGUGCUUUAGUUUUAGUUAACACUAAUAGUGAUAAUCUGGUGUGUGUUCAGGUUUUGAUGUUGAAGGUGACUCUUGUGUUCAGACUCUAUUUUUAGUCUAAUCUCAGUGUUUGUGACAUAAUUAAAAAAUAUUUUCAUAUUUCGCACAUCUUGGAUGUCGAUCUCUAAUCAUGGACAUCAAACAUCUUGAAAAACCAUGAGGUAAAAUAUCACCAGACAGAAACGACAAGGUUUGUCCAGUAAUCAUGUAACUGAGAUGCCGAAACAAUCUGCUUCCAGAAAUCAUUCAGCAGUAGCAGUGGACAGAAUAAAUGAUUCUGCAAGCGC